AUGUCGAUGUCUCCCUUGAGAGAUCACAUGCAAAUGCAUGAUUCAAAUCCGAACCAGAAUCAGAAUCAAACGUCCAGCACUAGAUCCCAGCCGCGGCUGAAGUUUCGUUCCUCAUGCGACCCCUGUGCAGCAUCCAAAGUACGCUGCACAAAGGAGCAGAAUGGAUGUUCACGCUGUGUUCAGAACGGCCUAAAAUGUGUGUAUGGUCGAUCGCGACGGAAGGGCAAGCCACCUUCCAACAAGAACGGCUCUGCACAACCCCAUCCGGGACACUCUCAAUUGUCUCCCCCGCUUCCCCUGUCCCCCCAGGCCCCUGCCUCGCCCCCUGGAGUCCCAGCUCCUUCGUCAUCAUGGGUUACUGCAGGUGGCCAACCCCCCGAUCACCACCAAUCCAACUACAACUUCAACUGCCCCUGGUCUCGGUCGCCUAUGUUUCCAACGGCCAGUUAUCAGACUCAAACGCUCGAUAAUGCUAUGACAACGGAAUGGGAAAGAAGGACACCAAAUAGCUUGACUCCACAUCAAUCACUACCAGAUGUCAAUACUGCCCCACAGAUGCCAAUAAGCUCGGGAUACAUGCCAUGGCCUAAUCUGUCGGGCGCAGAUCCCAUCGUGAUCGAUAAUGGCGACUUUGGCUCCCUUCCGAGGAAGGUUGUUCCACAAGACCACGACCAUUCAGAUUACGAGGACACAGGGGACGACGAUGACGACGGAGAUGAUAACGAAGAGCGAGAAGAGGAGCUAGAUGAGGUAGAAAACGCGAAUGAAGAUCAGCAUGUACCAUGCAUUACAGUGGCAUGUCAGGUGCUUUCCUCGCUGUACAAAUUUGUGCGGCACGACUGCGGGAAUGGACAUCCAGGCGGCACCGGCGGGGCCUCCACUUCCCGCGAUCUGCGCAAGCCCCCCACCCCAGAAGAAGAGCCUGCAAGUGAUAAUGUGUUUCAUGUCACUCAAUCUGCUACGGAGACGGUGUCUCGAUUGCUGAAUUGCACAGGAAGUGCCUGCGUCCAGGAUGUUUCUAUGCUCCUGAUUCUCUCUGCGGUGCUCUCCAAAGUUCUCACUUGGUAUCAGGCCCUAUAUCAAUCUGAGAUUGGCAGCCUGGUCCCAUCCGCCCCCUCGCUGGCACAAUCGUGUCCUAACCCCGUUCGUCCGCCCCUCAAAUCCCAUCAUUCGAACAGUAGCCGGACAGGGGACCAGCUUAAGCAGCGACAGGUCGAUACGACAGGAGAUUCAAUGUCCGCUGUCCCAUUGACCAUUCCAUUGAGCAUUGUGGCAUUCAAUAUCUCCCGCACCACGGAAACGAAGAUGAAAGCUCAACUAUUAUUGUGUGAAUUACAAAAUCUAUACCAGGUAUGCCAAGGUUUUGAUCGACGGGUCCAGGAUGCUGAAAGUAUGCGGGGAGGAAAGAACCUAUGCGAAGGGUUCAAUUCACAGCUCCUAGAGAAGGUAGGCGCAUUACAACGUGUCUUGAUAGUGGUCUGUACGCAGGCGCCGAAAUAG